AUGGGAAUAUGGUAUACCUUUGGAAUAGCGUUGUUCGCUGCGAUCGGUACAUUCCUAUUCGGCUUUGAUACGGGAAUUGCGACGACGACAAUUGCACAUCAAAGCUGGAUCGAUUACAUGGACCAUCCGUCUAAAGGCCUUACCGGAGCUGUUGUUGCUGUCUACAUUGCAGGAGAAGCUCUAGGCGCUCUGACUCAGACUGCUAUAGGAGAUCGACUUGGUCGUCUCAGAUUCAUGCAAGCUCUUUGCGUGGUUGUGACUAUUGGAACCGUCAUACAGACUGCAAGUGUGAAUAUAGGAAUGUUCCUUGCUGGCCGCGUGUUGGCCGGCUAUGCUGUCGGCGGUCUCGUCGGUACAGUCCCUAUCUACCUUUCUGAGAUCUCUUCACCACAGCACAGAGGCCUCAUUGGAGGUAUCUCUGGCUGCGGUAUCGCUUUUGGCACCAUGAUGUCCAACUGGGUCGGCUUCGCCUGCAGUUACGCCUCCUACGGCCCCACACAAUGGCGCCUACCCCUCGGUAUCCAGAUACCCUGGGGAGUAAUCCUCUUCUGCGGUCUUGCAACCUUUAUGCCCGAUUCCCCUCGCCAACUCUUACGUAUCGGCAAAGUCGACGAUGCGAGAAGAGAGUUUUUGAAGAUACGCAAGGAUUUGAGCAGUCAGGCUGCGGGUCAAGAGUUUGCAUUGAUGAGAGCGCAGAUUGAAUAUGAGGUUGAGAGGGAAGUGAAGAGUUAUAAGGAGAUUUUUCGGCUGUUUAGGCAUAGAGCUCUUGUGUCUAUUGCUGUGCAGACAAUGACUAGUCUGACGGGCGUGAAUGUCAUUCAGGUAUGUUGUGCAAUCCUCUACAAAUCCCUCGGCAUUGGACAGAAGCAGAUCUUAGCUCUGGCAGGUGUAUAUGGCACUGUGGCGUUCCUCUCAAACGCCAUCACAACUACCUUCCUGACCGAUCAAUGGGGCCGUCGAAAGAUGAUUCUUACUGGUCUAGCGGGUAUAGUCAUCGUAGAAAUCUACGCUGCAGUCAUGCAACGCAAAUUCCAAAACACAGAUAAUCAAGUCGGCAAAGGGUUCGCCAUUCUAGGCAUUUAUCUGUUUGUGGUAAUCUACUAUGGCAUGCUCAAUAGCACAACAUGGCUUUAUGGAGCCGAAGUCCUACCCAUAGCACUUCGAAGCCGCGUCAUGGGAUUGGCGGCAGCAUCGCACUUUAUCGUCAAUGUUGGUAUUACUGAGGCAGGACCUAGUGCUUUCUCUCACAUCAAAGAAAACUACUACUACGUUUUUGUAGGCUGCUCCCUCUUUUUCUUCAUCAUCGCUUACCUCUAUUUCCCUGAAACCAGACGCAAGACUUUGGAAGAAAUUGCUGCUGCGUUUGGCGACAAGGUCGUAACGUUGACGGAAAGGGAAAUUGCUGUGGAAGAGACUAUUGCGGAGGAAAAGAUUGUGUCGGAGCAUGUGGAGGAUGUGUCUGCUAACACGAAGGUUUGA